AUGCCUGCUGUUCCAAAAUAUGAUGGAACAACUAAUCCUCGAGAUCACGUAAUUGUGUUCACAACUGGCGUGAAGGGCAAUGAUUUAACCAAGCAGGAAAUCGAAUCAGUUUUGGUUAAAAGAUUUGCACAUUCGGGAGCUCAGAAAGUUGAAAAAGGGAUGGAAGACAUAUUUAAACAACGAAAUAUAGAAUUACUCAGGGAGUUUGUGGAUAGAUUCCAACAGGAGAGGAUGAUGUUACCACGAGUACCUGACAACUGGGCAGCUAUGGCAUUCGCAAGAAAUCUAAACGUGAAAAGUUCAGAAGCCACGUGGAGACUGAAGGAAAUUUUGCGAGAAUUUCCUGCAACAACUUGGAAUGACGUGUACAACAGGUACAGCACGAAGCUGCAGAUAGAAGAAGAUACGGUUGCACAGCCAAGGGUUGAUGAAAGAGUAGGAUCGAGACGUUCAAAAUCAGAAAGAAGGACCAGGAAAAAUAGGUACAAGCCUUACAUGGGACCUGUAGGGCGAGAUUCUCGGUCUAAGCAAGAACACACACGAUCUGAAUCAAUAUCAAGGCAAAAAGAUGCAGGUUCUUCAUCCAGAUUCAGAAAGGAACGGGAUACACGAGGCAACGACUCCAAUACACAUGCGAGGGUUGGUAAUUACAAUUUUAAUGUCAGCACCUCCGAGUUAGUGGCUAUUUUAAGAGGUAUGGGAGAUAAGGUGAGAUGGCCAAAAGAGAUGAGAUCAGACCCGAGCAAAAGAAAUCCGGAUUUUUGGUGUGAAUUUCACAACGAUCAUGGACAUAGAACAACAAAUUAUAGGUUACUACAAGGAGAAGUCGAGCAUUUGUUGAAACAAGGUUAUCUAAUUGACCUGUUCAGCGAGAAAGGUAGACGAUCAUGUAUGAAGAACAAACAAGAACCCCCGAAACCCCCGUCUCCAAAAAGAAUAGUCAAUGUAAUAACCGGGGGAGACGAGGUCAAUGGUGUGACAUAUACAGCUGCAAAAAAGACGUCAAAAGUCACAAUCACUCAUGGGAAAUGA